UUCGUCUCCAGCUCAUCUUGAAACUUCCUGACCACCAUGCUGACUGCAGAGGCUUGCUGGUUAUUUGCAUGGACGUCAGCCCUGGCUGCAACGGUCUGGUUUGUUAUUAUAGUGGUGCAUCGUAUCUUUUUCCACCCGCUGGCUGCGAUCCCAGGUCCCCUUCUAGGACGGGCGACAUACUUAUACAGUUUCUGGUUUAACGUAUGGGGCGCUCGCUUCUAUCUCCAGGUUGAAAAGCUUCACCAGCAGUACGGACCCGUCGUCCGCAUCACCCCCUCGGAGAUUCACCUAAGCAAUCCCUCGAAUAUCGAGAAGAUCUACUAUAUUGGGUCUCGGUAUGGGAAGUGCAGUCGGUUUUACUCUGCCUUCGGCAGCGGCCAAGCGACUUUCACCAUCGCGAGUCCAGAUCUUCACCGCGUCAAACGGGCCGCACUCAACCCUUUCUUCUCGCGCAAGCGCGUCCUUGAGCUAGAGGAAAUCGUUCAGGAGAAGGUAUACAAACUCGAGAGUCGUAUGCGGGAGGCCCUGGCUGCCACCGGCCGAAUCGAUCUUCACUAUGGCUUCCGGGCGAUCUCAAUCGACGUGAUCACCGACUACGCGUUCAACAGUUGCUACGAUUUUCUGGAUCGGAAAGACUUUGGUGUCGAGUUUUUCAGUAUGCUCCGUGACCUCAGCCCCUGGUACUGGUACUUCCAGCAGUUUCCGAGUCUACAGCCGCUAGCGAUGGCAACGCCACUCUGGCUGGCCAAGUGGACGAGCAAGACAUUGACCCUUAUGUUGACUUAUGAGGGGGCCUGCCGUCGUCAAAUAUUGAAGGUCAAGGCAGAUAUCGACGCCGGUGUAUCCAAGCAAAUUGCGCGGCCCUCUAUCUUCUACCAGCUACUUCAGCCGGAUGCAUCGGAGGGCUAUGUCGUCCCGACUGUGGAAGAGUUGAAGUGCGAGGCGUAUACCAUCAUUGCGGCGGCGGCAGAUACAACGGGAAACGCGCUGACGAUUGCGGCGUACAAUGUGGUAACCAAUGCAGAGAUCUAUCGCAAGCUCACUCAAGAGCUGCGAGAUGCAUUUCCGGAUAUUGAUGCGGAAAUGGAGUUUCUGGCGCUGGAGAAGCUGCCGUACCUGACUGCGGUUAUCAAAGAGGCUCUUCGUUUAUCGUUCGGUGUUGCCGGUCGACUACCUCGCACCGUCCCAGAGGGAGGUGCCGAGUUCAACGGCCACUUUGUUCCUGAAGGCACCGUUGUCAGCAUGAGCUCCUGGAUGAUUCAUCAUAAUGAAGACAUCUUUCCAAAUGCCGAGGUCUUCGAUCCAACUCGAUGGACCGAUAAAGAUAAAUCCAAGGCUUUGGAAAAGUAUCUCUUCUCCUUCGGCAAGGGAUCGAGGCAGUGUGUGGGCAUGUCACUUGCUUAUUGUGAGCUUUAUGUGACGCUCGGCCGGGUGUUCCGUCAAUUUGACAACCUGAAGACAAGGAUAAAGACAAGACAAGAGCUACUUUACGAUGAUUACUUUUCCAUGUUUCAUCCGGAGGAAUACAACAAGUUUUACUUUGAGAGAAGUGCCGGGUCAGCAUCUACGCUUCCUUGAUCCAACUGUACUUCCAUCACGCACCUAUCAUCCAACAUAUAAAUCCAACAGAUUGAUUGCUAUAUUUCGAUAUAAAAACCCUUUAUUAUGUCUCCUUUAUCUAACCUGCUUUAGUAGAAUUAGC